AAUUACAAAUAUUGUUUGCAAUUUUGCAUUUUCGUAACCAUGAAUCGGCCAAAUCGUGCCCAUUUCGAUCAAAUUUGUCGGUUAUGCUUGAAUACUUCGAGUUUGGUCAAUAUCUUCGAAAAGAAUUCCAGAACACAAAAGGAGUCGCUCAGCUUGCUGGUUCGAGAAACCGUUGAGAUGCUCGGGCAGCUGAUAGAGCCAGACGAUGGGUUUCCAAAAAAGAUUUGCCUUCCCUGUAAAGAUUUUUUACGGCAAUUGUACAAAUUCAGAAACCAAUGCCAGGAAGCUAGUGACCUUCUGGCGGAAGCAUUUUCCGCACCAGAAAUGGUACAAAAUGUACCAUCACCACCCGCAACAGCGGAAGUUCAACAACAAGAACCACCUCUGAAUCAACCAUCGCCAAAACCUCAAAUUCAAAUCGUUCCUCCAUUAGGAAUACUGAAACAAGAAUAUAUCGCCCAACCGCCACCGGCACCACCUAGCACUAAUCUCGAUCCUGAUGAGCCCGAUGCUCCAACGCUGACAACGCUGGAGAAAUUUGACCCUACACCAGAAGCAGAUUCCAGCAGUAGUUGUCAACCGAGCACAAAUGUUAAAGUGGAAAUAAUUCAGUCUCAAGAAAAUACAGAAUACCUUGAUACUGCCGAAAGCUACACUGAAGAGUAUGAAUAUUUGGAAGCUGAAGCAGAAACCAUUGAAGAGGAAAUCGAAAUGCAAGUGGAAAUGCAAGAAGAAUCCACUGCGGAUGCACAGCGGGAUUCCGUAAUGGAAGAGCAUAGCUUUGAAGUUUUUGUAGAAGAUGGCACUGAGACUGCAACUGAAGGCGAAUCGGACGACAUAACUGACACACAUUCCGCAUCAGCGUCAUCGAAGCAUACUUCCAACAAAGGGCAAAUGUGCAAAAUAUGCGGAAAAUAUUCCACAUGCCUGAAGUAUCACCUGAUGUGCCACACAGGCGAACGUCCAUUUCCUUGUGAUUUCUGCGAUAAAACCUUUCGCACCAGCACGAAGCUAAACGUCCACGUAAACGGAGUCCAUCUUAAAGUCAGGAAGUACACGUGUGAGAUUUGCAAUAAGAAAUUUUUGGAUUCUGGAAAUUUGCGGAACCAUAAAGUAACACAUGGAGGCGAACGGAAGUACAUAUGUGACUUUGAAGGUUGCGGCAAAACUUUUGCACUGCAAGGAACACUUACAGUUCACAAGAAAUCUCAUAUACAAGACAAGCGAUUUACUUGUGAUUUUUGCUUGAAAAAUUUCCUGUACAAGUGGUUGCUGGUAAAACAUCUUAGAACGCAUACAGGUGAAAAACCUUAUGAAUGCGAUAUAUGUCAUAAGAAGUUUUCAACCAGUACCCACAUGCACACCCACAAAAAGACGCAUGAUCCAGAUAGAGAAAACCAUGGUAAGAAACGAAAAACUCGGGCUAGCAAAUCGGUUCUAGCCCAACAAGAUGAUUCCGACACAUCAGAACUCGUUUCAGAAAAUUAAAAUUUGCU